AUGGGACAUCGGGAGUACCAAACGCAGAUACAAAAUUUGAAGCGUGAAAAGGACGCAUUUCAGCUGGCAAAGCGAGAAAUCGAUGCCGAAAAUCAGCGCCUUAAGGCAAGCUUAAAGUCCAAAGAAAAGGAACUUGCCGACGAGCAGGAGCUGCAAAGGGAGCUGAAAGCAGAGCUCGACCGUACCAAGCUAGCGGUCAAGAAAGCCAACGUACUCAGCCUCGAGAUGGAAGCGUACGAGCGGUCGUUGAACGAGCUAAACACAAAGCUGGAGGCGCAGAAAACGUUGGUCAGGGAGUUGGAGGGUACGAUCGACGUGCAGGAGCAAUCGAUCAAAAGCCUCAAGCAGCAGUUGGUCCUGCUGGAGGAAAGUCUCGAGUCACAGCAAAAGCAUUCGCGCGAGCUCAAGCAGGAGGCCGACACGAUGCAGGGUAAGCUGCGCCAGAGCGAACACCAGCGGGUUGACCUGAUGAGACAGCUGGAGGAGUUGGGCGACGAGCACGAUCGCCUGAAGCAGAGGGUGGAAAACAAUCGUGUCGACUUGGAGCAGAUGGCCGCUGAUAAGGAGCAGGUGUGCGGUGCGCUGGAGGUAGAGAAAAGCAAUCUUCUCAAAAAGAACCUUACACUGGAGGACGAGAUAGGCGCGUUGCGGAAAGCGAACGCGGAAAAGCAGCAGGAAGUUGAGGAUGUGCGCACGGAGUUUGCAAGUUAUAAGAUUCGGGCGCAGUCGGUUCUACGACAUGCCCAAAGUGAGGAUAGUUUCAAGACAGUUUCGGAUCAGUCCGAGGAAAAUGAUGAUUAUCCGUAUUCCAACAAUGAUGUCGAUUCGCAAUCCGGACUGUUCCGUCCGCUUUCCUCCUUCUCGUCCGACAAGGAUGACGUCGUUAUGGUGUGGAUGUUGUACAAGGGUUCCUGGUACGAGGAGAUGACGAACGAUCGUAAAAAGUCGACGGUAAAGGGGAUGGCAUGGACGAGCGAUGGGCAGAAGAUAUGCAUCGUUUACGAAGAUGGCACUGUCAUCGUUGGCUCGGUCGAUGGUAACCGGAUCUGGGGAAAGGAACUGAAGAACGUAUCGCUGACCGGCGAACAAUGGAGUCCGGACGGGAGACUGCUCCUAUUCAGCAUUAAAAAUGGUGAGGUUCACCUGUACGACAACCAGGGCAUCUUCGUGAUGAAGCUGCACAUACAGUGUGUGUACCUUACGCCGUCGAAGAGCAUUACGAUGGUGGGCCUUUGUAGGUUCCAUAAGGGCACCUCGCCGAGUCGUCCAGUUCUGGCAAUUUGCUACGAAAACGGUCGAAUGCAGUUGAUGCGGCACGAAAACGACGACACGCCGGUUGUGGUGGAUACGGGAGUGCAGGCCAUUUCGUGUAUGUGGAACCAUUACGGGACGAUCCUGGCGGUUUGCGGAAUCAAGUCGAACUACCACAUCGACGACACGCCCGCCCUGGAAGUGCUAAACGAUCUCGACUCGAAAACGGUCCACGAAAUCCCGCCCAAGGUGGACCCGAGCCAGGAUCCCAUCUGUUGCCUGGCAUCGUCGGAGAGUUUGCUAUUGAUCGGCCGGGAGAGUGGCCUCAUCCACGAGUACACACUGCCCCAUCUGGUGUUGCGCAACCGACACUAUCUGCAGACGCGCAGCUAUAAGCUGGCGAUCAACUGUAACUCGACCCGAGCGGCCAUGAUCGACUGCAACGGCGUGCUGACGACGCUGACUCUCCGUGACGACACAACGAGCAACGAACUGGAGCAAUCGAGCGGCCACAUCCAACGGAAGGACGUGUGGGCCAUCUGCUGGGCGAAGGACAACCCGCAGCUGCUGGCCAUCAUGGAGAAGACGCGCAUGUACAUCCUGCGCGGGGCCGACCCGGAGGAACCGAUCACCUGCUCCGGCUACAUCUGCCACUUUGAGGAGCUGGAAAUCACGGGCGUCCUGCUGGACGACAUCAUCAAGGGUGGUGCGACGCCGAACGUGAAGGAGCAUCUCGUGCAGUUGCGCGUCAAAUCGCUGCGCGACACGGAGGACCUGCUGGCGCACGUCGGGAUCGCCGAGGCGAAGCAGUUCAUCGAGGAUAACCCACACCCGCGGCUGUGGAGACUGCUGGCGGAGGCAUCGCUGAAGAAGCUGGACCUCGAGACGGCCGAAGCGGCGUUCGUGCGAUGCAGCAACUAUCCGGGCAUUCAGCUGAUCAAGCGCCUCAGGACAAUCCAGCUGGAAGCGCUGCAGCGGGCCGAGAUCGGCGCGUUCUUCGGCGAGUUCGAUGAGGCGGAAAACCUGUACAUGGACGUGGAUCGACGGGAUUGCGCGGUUCGGUUGCGCCAGACGCUGUGCGAUUGGUUUCGCACGGUGCAGCUGUAUCGGCUCGGGCCGGGCACGUCCGACCAGCAGAUGGAGAACGCGUGGCGCGAGAUCAGCCACCACUACAUGAACAUGCGCGCCUGGGGCAGCGCCAAGGAGUACUACGAGAAGGCGCACCACAUCGAGGGCCUGAUGGACGCGCUGUACGGUUUGGAGCAGUACGACGAGCUGGUCGGCUGCAUGCACAAGCUCCCCGAGAAGAGCCCGCAGCUGGCGAAGCUGGGCCAGAUGCUGGCCACGGUGGGGAUGUGCGAGCAGGCGGUCGCCGCCUACCUCAAGCUGGGCGACGUCAAGUCGGCCGUCUCCAGCUGCAUCGGCCUGCGGCAGUGGGGACUGGCGGUGGAGCUGGCGCAAAAGUACAAGAUGCCCCAGAUCAACACGCUGCUGAGCAAGCACGCGGCCCAGCUGCUGCAGGAGGGCAAGCUGCCGGAAGCGAUCGAGCUGCAGCGGAAGGCGGGCCGCUACCUGGACUCCGCCCGGCUGCUGCUGAAGAUGGCCGAGGCGGAGGUGGAGAAGAAGUCCGACUACGUGCGCAUCAAGCAGCUGUACGUGCUGUCGGGGCUGCUCGCGGAGGAGUACAUCGAAAAGCAGAUGGCGCUGCAGGCGGGCGGCCCAAGCCGAGCGGCGGUCCUGGCCCAGCUCAAUCCGGACGAUGCGGUGCUGAUCGAGCAGAUAUGGCACCACGCGGAGGCGUACCACUAUAUGCUGCUGGCACAGCGACAACUGCGCUCCGGGUUGCUGCAUAGCGCCGUCAUUAGCGCGCUCCGGCUGCGCGAGUACGAGGACGUGCUGGACGUGGAGGUGCUGUACGCGCUGCUCGCCCUGGCCAGCUGUGCCGAUCGCUCGUUCGGCACCUGCUCGAAGGCGUUCAUCAAGCUGGAGGCGAUCGAGACGAUCUCCGAGGGUCGUCGGCUGCAGUACGAGGAGCUGGCCAUCAGCAUCUUCUCGCGCUACGACCCGAAGGACAACAAGGUGAAGCACGUCAGCUGUUACACCUGCGAGACGCCGGUGGCCGACUGCAGCACGCUCUGUCCCAGCUGCGGCAAUCGCUUUCCGCCGUGCAUCGCGUCCGGACAGCCGCUGACCAAUCCGACCGGCGCCUGGCAGUGUUCCGGUUGCUACCACGUCGCGCACCCGCUGGAAAUGACGUCACGCAAGACGUGCCCCCUCUGCCAUCUCUGGCUGAUCGCGCCGGCGAAGGGAGCGGUGGAGAUUUAAUGUUUUACUGCACACAAACACACAUGCUUAUUACGUACCUGCGUUCAAGUUUAUCGAACACUCCGUUUAUCAUGAUCUUUUCUUAAGGUUAGUACACAUUAUUCAAAUCUAUUGUUUCCCAACAGAUGAAACAGUUAACUGAUAGUUACAAUACCUACGAUGCGAUGUUCCCAUUAUGUUAUUUUCAUUUAUCAUAUUACUUUUAACAUCAACAUUUUUACAUUUUUGGGAA